AUGGAUUUUGUGUAUAUAUUGUGUUGCAUAAUUUUGAUAAUUUUUGAUUCUGCUUUUAUAUUACAGACAAAUGGUUCAGCAACAAUUUACUUCAAGUUCAUCAACAUUACAGUCAAGUCGUCUGGUGGGCAUUGCAGUUCUCUUUCUCAGCCAGACUACUGCGACAUAUAUUUCAAACUGUGUAUUACAGAUCCAAAUUUGUGGGAAAAAUUUCCAACACACAGAAGCGAAUGCAAUAUCUUCGACUUGAGAACGCCAAAAUCACGUAUGAUGAACCAAGACGAUUUUUCUUUUGGUGAUUCAAUACAAUACAUUCCAAAUCCUUUAUCUGGAAUCGUAGAGAGUAUUCCGCCUAAAUUAAAUGUUAAGAUUGAAGUUUGGGAUGCCGACUUUUCUUUUUCCGACUUGGAUGAUCACCUAAUGACAUUCGAAGACAAGGUCUAUCCGCUUAAAGUGUAUCCAUUUGAUACAGCUGGAAGUGAUCGCGAAUUUUCAUCACUUCUAUCCCACGACCACCACCACCAAAUAUUUCAAAAUAUACAAGAAGGAAAUAUAACUUUAUACAUAGCAGUUUGGGCAGUUUGCAGUCGUAACAGUUAUGGGAGUAACUGCAAUUAUACUUGCGUUCCAGAAAACAGGGUACGGCAUUAUGGUUGUGAUAUUUCAAGUGGUAAGAAGGUAUGCUUACCCGGUUGGUUUGGUGACGAAUGUGAUAAAAUCGAUCAUUGUCGUAUUGUGACCUCAUGUGGCCCAAUGGGAACUUGCGUUAACUCACCUUCUGGUUACGAAUGCAUUUGUAAUCACAAUUUUACAGGUGCUGAUUGUUCAGAACCGCCAAGUCAAUGUAUCACGCAUCAAGAAUACUGUCAGAAUGGAUUUUGUUUAUUGAAAUAUGUCGAUGAUGAUAACAGAAUGCUACCUGAUCCCAUUCCCUAUUGUGCUUGUAUUCCAGGAUUUACUGGAAAAUGGUGUGAAUUAGAUAUAGAUGAGUGUUCAAGACCAGAGGAAGUUAUCACUUCUAAUAAUAGUAAUAAUAAUGAUAAUAAUUCCACUGAAGUUUCACCCAUGUGCAAUCCGAAUUCUGUAUGUGAAAAUAUAUACGGAAAUUUUCAUUGUUUCUGUCAAAAUGGUUGGACUGGUUUACAUUGCAACACUCCACCAACUUUAUGGCCUGAUGAUUAUCAACCAGUUUUAAGUUCAAAAGGUCUACCAAGCUAUCCACCUUUAAAGAGAGUUAAUUUUACAAGUAUUUCAAAGAAACGUGACCAUGAAACAAUGAUGAUAGACAAGUCAAAUAGUACUACUGCCACUACUACUAAUAAUAAUUGGAUAAUUAUACUGCUUGGUUUACUGUUUAGUCUCUGCAUUGUUUUUUGCACAAUAACUUAUUUCAUCUGCCGACAACGUAAACACAUAUUCGGUGCAUAUAAUAUUCGUUGGAAUCGUAAACCAGUCACUCCACAAGUGUUUUUCAACCGGAAAUCUGGUCACUCAAAUGUCAAUAUACGUACGACUAUUUCAUGCCGUCAAUCUACCCCACCACCACCGCCACUACCACCUCAAACACCUCACAGAUCGCCAAAUACCAAACUUCAUUUCACGUUAACAAGAAGUAAUCCAUUACAGACUGAAAAAUGUCAAUCAACAAUUUAUGAUGAAAUUCCUGAAUGCUUUUUACAAGAUCAAAGUCAUCUUACAACAAAACCUAAUACUUCUUUUUAUGAUCCAUACAGUCAAUUAGAAUAUGAUAUAUUAGAUACAACAAUAGGCAUGAAAAGUUCCAAUGAUCAGGAUAGAGGGGAUUACAGUAACAAUACUACUGAUGCUAAUGGUAAUAACGAUGCACAGGGAAUACAAAACAAAACAUUUUGUCAAGAUCAACCGUCUACUUCAUUGUUGCCUGAAAAUUUCUUUCAAGAAGCAGAUGUAUUUACAACAAAAUGUAUAUAUCUUGAACCUAGACGUAAUAUACGAAUAUAAUGGAGACCAGUUUUUUUUAAAUCAUGCUUUAUAUGAACCUUUUUGUUUAUUGAUUUCUUGAUAAUUGAUGAUCUCAUUGUAAUAAUCAUGAUAUAAUAGAUUGAAUUAAUUCACUUAAAAUUGGUCACCGAAUAUAUAUUCAUUUUCUUCACAUUUAUACAUAUAAAAGACAACAGUCAUUUUUCCACUGAAAUCAUUUUUGUUUUCUAAUUUAAAGUGAUCUUGCAAUUAUCUUUCAG